GCCAAGCCACUUUAUUUUGGCCCGUCCGUCACUCCAAGGCUCCACCUCCAGAGAGCUUCAUACCUCGUAAAUUUUACUGUCACAAUCUUGUACUUCCCACAUAUCGAUUGCCAGGCACUUGCGCAUUACCCAGACGCACGCCGAACACGAUUUCCGAACACGAGCGACUGUAUCUUCAACACCACUGCUUUCAGACGUCGCAAUGGACGAUACCGAGCGACGCUCCGCCAAGCGCUCGCGAUUCGACCAAACCGAACCCGAGCCUCGCAAGGCUUCGAGAUUCGACCGCCGCUCCAGAUCGCCGCCAGGAAGACGUUCAGAGUCGGCAAGAGAGCGCAGCCCUCUGCCCAAUGACCAGGCGACAGAGCCGAAGAAGUCGCCUGUAGAUGCUGCUGCUGCGGCUGCUGCUGCGGCCGCGCGAAUCAACGCGCAACUCCAAGCAAAGAAGGGCAUCCAGCAUGUCGACGUUCCCCCGAUCAAGACCGCCGAACCUCCUGCAGGCGGUGCCCAGUCGCCCGAUCCGGCCAACACGAUCAACGGAGAGAUGUACAUCGCCGACGGUGACUUCAUCAAAGACAUUGAAGUCAACGACCUUCGUAACCGAUACCUCUUGACCAAGGGGUCGACUCAGAAGAUGAUCAAAGAAGAAACUGGUGCUGAUGUUACUACCCGAGGAAACUACUACCCCGACAAGAGCAUGGCGACUGCGGCGAACCCGCCUUUGUACUUGCAUGUUACCAGUACAUCCAAGACUGGCCUUGAGCAAGCCGUGACAAAGAUUGAAGAACUCAUGAAACAGGAACUUCCCGCUCUGGUUGAUGAGCGUCGUUUCCGUCGACGCGACCAGGAGCAGGUUGAGAGAGACGAAUAUGGCCGACGCAAAUGGCCCGAGGAGAAGAUCCCCAUUGGUUUGGAGUCGGUCCCCGGAUUCAAUCUCCGCGCCCAAGUUGUUGGUCAUGGCGGUGCCUACGUCAAGCACAUCCAGCAGGAGACCCAGUGCCGCGUUCAGAUCAAAGGACGUGGUUCCGGAUACCUGGAGGCAGCCACCAAUCACGAGAGUGAUGAGGAUAUGUACCUCCACGUCGCUGGACCUGACCCUAAGAUGGUCGAGAAGGCCAAGGAGCUUUGCGUAGAUCUGAUUGAAAAUGUCAAGGAGCAGUACGAAGAGUUCAAGAGCAGACCUCCUCGUAGCUACGGUGACCGCGGUAGCUAUGGUGACCGCUCGCGGGGCCACGAUGGCGGCCACGGCGGAUAUGGAGGCCACGGCCAUGGCGGUGAUCGUGGUGACCGCGGGGGCUAUAACUCCGGAUACGGAGGCCACGGCGGUCAUGGCGGUCAUGGCGGUCACGGCGGCGGCGGCGGUGGCGGCUAUGGCGGUCACAACUCUGGACAAUCGGCAAGCCCUGCUCCUCCCGGCGGUUCUAACAGCCCUGCCGCCGGAGCAGACUACGCCGCUCAGUACGCACAGUACUAUGGCGGUCAGGAUCCUUACGCUGCCUAUGGUGGCUAUGCGGCCUAUGUUCAAAUGUACCAGCAGUACUAUGCUGCCGCGCAAGCGCAGCAGCAAGGCUCGCCUGCACCCCCUGGAGCAGCGGCAUCCCCUCCGCCCCCGCCUCCCAGCGAGGCCGCUCCUCCCCCACCUCCUCCGAGCUCUGCUCCCCCUCCCCCUCCCUCAGGCGCGCCUCCGGGCACCGGAGGAGGUUAUGGUGCUGUACCACCUCCUCCCGGCCUUUAGAAAAGAAGAACGGGGUCUACUAAUCAUAGUUGAAAUUGCAAAGCCACUAAGUAGUGAGAAGAGACAUGAGAGGCGCAUUUCACUACUGCCGUGUUUAAGCGGUGUUGUGCCGCAGAUGGUCACUUGGACGGUGAAGGAGACACAGAUGAAGUUGUAUAUGAAUCAACAGACAUAGUAAUACGAACACUAAACAACACCCAUG